UUGUCAAUAAUUUUGUGUAGUUUUCUGAGAGUUUGAACUGUGUCAGAGUUGUCGGAAGAAAAAUUCAACUAGAUUCCAAAGAUGAGAUCAAUUUGCACAUUCUGUGCGUUAGCCUUAGCUAGCAGUUUAAUUUUAGUGAACGCAGAAGAAGCAAAAAAGGAAGAAAAAGACGGCAAAAAGGAUGUAGGAACUGUAAUUGGUAUCGAUCUUGGAACAACUUAUUCUUGUGUUGGUGUAUUUAAAAAUGGCAGAGUUGAGAUCAUCGCAAACGAACAGGGAAACCGAAUUACCCCAUCUUACGUGGCCUUCACUCCAGAGAACGAGCGUCUCAUUGGUGAUGGAGCGAAAAAUCAGCUGACUACAAAUCCAGAAAAUACUGUUUUUGACGCGAAACGGUUGAUCGGUAGGACAUGGGAUGAUAAAGCUGUUCAAGGCGACAUCAAGUUCUUCCCAUUCAAAGUUAUCGAAAAGAACAAGAAGCCACACAUUCAGAUUUCGGUGAAGGGAGAACAGAAAACAUUUGCAGCUGAGGAAAUCAGUGCUAUGGUUUUAACGAAAAUGAAGGAAAUUGCGGAAGCCUACUUGUCAAAGAAAGUUACACAUGCUGUGGUUACUGUCCCUGCCUACUUCAAUGAUGCUCAGCGUCAGGCUACCAAGGAUGCUGGAACCAUUGCUGGCCUUAAUGUGAUGAGAAUCAUCAAUGAGCCAACAGCUGCUGCCAUUGCUUACGGUCUUGACAAAAAAGAGGGAGAAAAGAACAUCUUAGUGUUUGAUCUAGGAGGUGGAACCUUUGAUGUGUCUCUUCUGACUAUUGACAAUGGAGUUUUUGAGGUGGUAGCCACCAAUGGUGACACUCAUCUUGGUGGUGAAGACUUUGAUCAGAAAAUCAUGGAAUACUUCAUCAAGAUGUACAAGAAGAAGAAGGGCAAGGACAUUCGCAAGGACAACAGAGCUGUUCAGAAACUGCGUCGUGAAGUUGAGAAAGCUAAACGUGCCCUUAGUACACAGCACCAGGCUAGAAUUGAAAUUGAAUCAUUCUUUGAUGGAGAGGACUUCUCAGAGACUUUGACAAGAGCCCGCUUUGAGCAGGAAAAUAAUGAUGCUUUCAAAUCCACACUGAAGCCAGUGAAGAAGGUUUUGGAAGAUGCUGACCUGCAGAAGAAAGACAUUCAUGAAAUUGUUCUUGUUGGUGGCUCCACCCGUAUCCCAAAAAUCCAACAGCUUGUCAAGGAGUUCUUUGAGGGUAAAGAGCCAAGCCGUGGCAUCAACCCUGACGAGGCUGUAGCUUAUGGAGCAGCUGUUCAGGCCGGAGUAUUGGGUGGAGAAGAAGAUACUGGAGAAGUAGUGCUUCUUGAUGUUAAUCCCCUUACUUUGGGUAUCGAGACUGUGGGUGGAGUUAUGACCAAGCUCAUUAACAGAAACUCCGUCAUUCCAACAAAGAAGGCACAGGUAUUCUCCACAGCUGCAGACAACCAGAACACAGUUACUAUCCAGGUUUAUGAAGGUGAGCGACCCAUGACCAAAGACAACCAUCUUCUUGGCAAAUUUGACCUGACUGGAAUUCCUCCUGCUCCUCGUGGUGUACCGCAGAUUGAGGUCACCUUUGAAAUUGAUGUCAAUGGUAUCUUGAGAGUGUCAGCAGAGGACAAGGGCACUGGAAACAAGGAGAAGAUCACAAUCACCAAUGACCAGAACAGGCUGUCUCCAGAAGAUAUUGAACGUAUGGUAAAUGAUGCAGAGAAGUUUGCUGACGACGACAAGAAAGUUAAGGAACGUGUGGAAGCACGGAAUGAGUUGGAGAGCUACACAUACUCAUUGAAGAACCAGGUUGGUGAUAAAGAAAAGCUUGGUGGAAAACUUUCCGAAGAAGACAAAGAAACAAUCAACAAAGCUGUAGAGGACAAGAUUUCCUGGCUUGAUAAGAAUGCUGAUGCUGAGGCAGAAGAUUACAAAAAGCAAAAGAAAGAGCUUGAAGACAUUGUUCAACCUCUUGUUAGUAAGUUGUACCAAGGACAAGGAGGCCCAGGUGGGGAGGGAGCUCCUCCACCUGAGGAGAAGCCUGAAGAGGAGCAAGAUAAAGAUGAGCUUUAACUUGGCUUAUGGUAGAAAAAGAGACUUAAACAAUUUGUACCCUUAUACAAUCGGGGCACACUCUUUUUACAAUUCUAAAAAGCACUUUGAAAAAUUGGUGAACAUUGCUUGGUGGUUAUGUUGUUAAUCACUUUGAUCAAUGAAAUGUCUGUGCUGCUAAAGGACAUGAAACAGAAAGGAAAGUAUAAUAUAGUGUGUACAGCUUGUUGGUAAAUCAGUUGAUUAUUCUCUCGCUCUUUUCAUCCAUUGUAAAACUCUCAAUAGUUUGGGUUCUUGGAGGGCAUCAGACUACAAACAAUUCCUUUUAUUUAUCCCUUUACCCUCUCAAUUUGAAUUUCAAGAGAGCUAGAAAAUUUUUUCAUUAAUAAAAAAUAACUACAUGUA